AGCGGGGCCUGGGCGGGAGCGGUCUGUCGCUGCGUCUCUGCGGUCUGUAACUCUGUCUCUCUCCUUUUUCCAGUGGGACCCCAUGAUCACCACGCUGCCAGGCCUGUACCUGGUCUCGGUGGGAGCAGUGAAGCCUGCGGCAUGGCUCUUCGGGUGGACGGGAAGCGUGGUGUGCUCUGUGGCGAUGCUCAGGUUUAUUAACCUCCUUUUCAGUGCUGGGAACUUCUAUUUACUGUAUUUACUUCUGUUCAAGAUCCAUCAGAAGAAUAAGGCUGUGUCUGGUUUCCAGAAAAUCUUGUCUACGUUAAGUCUUGCAAUGUUUCCUACCCUUUAUUUUUUUACAUUCCUUUAUUAUACAGACCCAGGAUCAGUAUUUUUUACUCUCUUUGCCUAUUUAAUGUGCCUUUAUGGUAACCAUAAAACUUCAGCUCUGCUUGGAUUUUGUGGCUUCAUGUUUCGUCAGACGAAUAUUGUGUGGACAGUUUUUUGUGCUGGAAAUGUUGUUGCAGAGAAGCUAAAUGAAGCCUGGAAGACAGAGUUACAGAAAAAGAAAGAUGAAAAGAUUUCUUCCAAGAAAGGAUCAUUUUCAGAUUUCAUCAGAAUAUUGCAGUUUCUUAUAGAAUAUCUCAUAUCACCUAAAAAUUUAGUUACACUUACUGCUUUAACUUGGCCAUACAUCAUAUUAGUAACCAUGUUCUUUGUUUUUGUCUUCAUCAAUGGUGGAAUAGUUGUUGGUGACAGAAGUAGCCAUGAGGCCUGUUUGCACUUCCCUCAGCUGUUCUAUUUUCUGUCCUUUACUGUCUUUUUUUCAUUCCCUCAUUUAUUGACUCCUACUAAAAUCAGGAAAUUCCUUCUGUCAUUACGAAAGCACCCUGUGCAGUACAGCCUAAUUGCUGUCAUCUCUUUAUUCCUGAUCUGGAAAUUUACCUAUGUUCAUAAGUAUUUACUAGCAGAUAACAGACAUUAUACAUUUUAUGUCUGGAGAAAAAUCUUCCAGAGACACAAGCUUGUAAAAUACAUAUUGGUUCCAGUCUAUAUGUUUGCUGGCUGGAGUUUUGCUGAUACACUGAAAUCAAAAUCAAUAUUCUGGAGCUUAAUGUAUUUUGUAUGUUUGUUAGCAGUCACAGUUCCUCAAAAAUUGCUAGAAUUUCGUUACUUUAUUUUGCCAUUCUUAAUAUAUAGGCUCAAUAUUCCAUUUCCAUCUCUAUAUAGACAGCUUCUGGAGUUGGCUUUUUAUAUUGUUGUGAAUGCUGUAACUUUUCAUCUUUUUCUAAACAGAACAUUCCAAUGGCCAAAUAGUGAUGAAAUCCAGAGGUUUAUGUGGUGAUUUUUUUUUUUUUUUAAUAUACUUUCAUACCUUCGGGAAAACCCAGUUCUGUUUCAGGACUAUGGACUCUGGA